AAGUUCUUGAAAAGCUGCGGUCAACGAGUAAAAGACAUCACACUUGAGCGGCAGCAGGCGGCAAUUGUCCUCGUGGGAAAUCAUUUAAGCAUACACCCUUGCAAUUGGGUAUACAGUGUAGUGCGUUGUGUAUGGGAGUAUUGAUGAUUUCCAUAUUAGGAGAUUACUGUCAGUCAUAGAUAUGCUGGUGAAGAGACCACGUUCAGAAAAACCUUUUCUCAAUUUUAUAAAGGGUAUCAUCGUGUUCGAAGUUGUAGCCAUCGGUGCCAGUUAUCUAGUUUGGCAUCGUAUGAAUCAUUCUCGCGAUUUCAGGUACUAUAUGCAUAACAACUUCCCAUCAAUAUUAAAUGGAUUUUAUACCUUGGGAACAACAUUUGAUAAAUGUUAUGACUUGGAGAACGAAGAUUUGAGAGUCUGGAAACAAGAAAAUAAAGUCUAAUGGCAAUGCCACUUUACAUACAGUCUUUUUCUAUGAUUAAUAUUAACAAAACAGAUUAUCUUCAUUCAGUAAUUGUCAACAUGAUCCUUGAAGAAAGAAUUCAUAAACUAAACAGAUAACAAUUCUUGAGAAAUGAAAAGAUGUGAGUAGUUUAAGCUUUAGGAUUAGUGUCAAAUGUUUCCUUAGUGAUGUCAUUUCACAGAAAUGAAAAUAUAAUGGAAUCCUAUACACCGAGCGAAGAAAGUCUAUCAGAGCGUAUAAAUAAGAGAGAUAGAGAGCGUAAAAAUGUCAUUGAAAAACGUAAAGAAGAAAAGCAACAGAUGAUAGUAGAAACAGAGCAAGCUAGCUACUUUAAUGAUGCUUUUUAUUCAACGUGCAAAACUAUCAGAGAGUUAAUUGAUAGCACUGAAGCUGCUUCAGCUUUAUCACUACCAGAAAUAUUUGAUAAGGCUAACAAAGACAUACUAAUGUUGAAAAAUUAUUUAUUUGAAUCAAAAAUAUUCCUUAAAGUCUAUGAUAUUAGAAAAGCUCAAGAAACUCUGCAAAUUUUGGAAAAUGAUGCUGCCCAGUUGGAAGCUAAACUUAUUCCAAGGAAAAAAUUUGGAUUUAAGAACAGAAGAGUCAUCAAGAAGUCAUCCGACACACCUGGUGAUGUGACAGAUGGUUUGAAGGAUUUGAAAAUUGCUGAAAGCAAUACAAAAAAUGGUGUGGGAAAGCAGAUGAGUAAGAUUUUUAACAAAUAUGGCGAUAAUACGUGCAUGUUAAUAGGCAAAGUGGAUGAAAUAUUAGUGUUAGAUGCUGAAAAUGUUAAUAAAAAUGACGUGUUGCUUUCUGAUUUAACCAAGUGUACAGUUAAAAUAUAUGGGACACCAAAUACUCUACACAUGGUCAGACUUGUGCAGUGUAAAGUUUUAAUUGGACCAGUUACAACAUCUGUGUUUGUGGAUGAUUGUAGUGACUGUGAGUUUGCUUUUGCUUGUCAACAGCUGAGAUUGCAUUCUUCUACCAAUUGUAUAAUAUAUUUACAUGUAACAAGUAGAUCGAUCAUAGAAGACUGUACCAAAAUUCAUGUAGCACCUUACAACUGGACGUAUGAAGAUCAAGUAAAUCAUUUUAAAUUAGCUGGUUUGGAUCCUAAAAUCAAUAAUUGGAAUUGCAUUGAUGAUUUCAACUGGUUGUCCACAGAGAAAAAUUCCCCAAAUUGGUCUAUACUUGAAUCUGAAUUAAGAAGGAAAUCAUGGGAUUAGUCAUGUUAUAAAUUGAAUGUUACAAAUUUUAUAAUUUUAUUUUCAAGAGACUGGAGAAAUCAAUUUAUUCAUUAUGCAAAAUAACAUAUGUAUUUCCUUUUUUACAAUGUAAAAUACACUGCGUACUCAUUUAUUACAUGAAGAUGAAUAAAUCUCUAUA